AUGGUUGUAAUGCCUCCUCAAAACAGCGUGAACGAGUCGGAAGGGCGAUACCUUCAAGAUGGAUUCUGGCAACAUGGCCGAUUUUAUGGUUCUUGGAAACCUGGCAAAUACUUAUUUCCAAUUGACUCGGAAGAGUUGAAUCGUUUGGAUAUAUUUCAUAAAGUUUUCCUUCUGGCACGAGACAAUAAGCCAUUUCUAGCCCCCAUCAGACGCACCUCGCCCCGAAUCAUGGAUAUUGGUACGGGCACAGGUAUUUGGGCAAUCAAUGUGGCUGAAGAAUGUCUCUCAGAUGCCCAGAUCAUGGCAGUGGACCUGAAUCAGAUUCAACCAGCAUUGAUUCCUCCUGGCUUUAUGCCAAAACAAUAUGACAUUGAAGAGCCGUCUUGGGGGCCUCUGCUGGCGGACUGCGAUUUGAUUCAUAUGCGAAUGUUACUUGGCAGUAUUCAAACGGACUUGUGGCCUCAAGUCUACCACAAUGCCUUUGAGCACUUGGCUCCAGGCAUCGGCUUCCUGGAGCACAUUGAGGUUGACUGGAUACCACGAUGUGACGAUGAUGAACGCCCAGCAAAUUCCGCAUUCGUGAAGUGGGCAGAGCUUUUUCUCGAUGGCAUGGAUCGAUUCAACCGCAGGGUCAGAGUCACGCCGCAAGAACAUCGGCAAAUGCUUGAAGCUACAGGUUUCACAGAUAUCAGGCAGGAGGUGAUCAAGGCUUAUGUUUGCCCCUGGUCUGCUGAUCGAAACGAACGUGAAAUCGCCCGAUGGUUCAAUAUCGGGCUGUCUCAUAGUCUGGAGGCCAUGAGUUUAAAACCCCUGAUCGAGAAACUCGGAUUUGAGGCCGAGGAAGUUCGUGAGCUAUGUGAGAGAGCGAAGCGCGAAACAUGUGUUUUGCGCUACCACACUUAUUGCAACAUUCAUGUCUGGACGGCUAGGAAGCCCGGACCUCAACAGUAA